CAAAGUCCAGCCUGACUGACUACAGAAGUCCUGCUUCCAGUGAGAAUUUGCUUCCUGCCUGAAAAAGAUGAUUCUAGCCUGGAGAUAUUUGUGGAGAGCUUUAAACUUGGAGAAACCCUCUCCUAGGAUCCUUAAGACAUGCCUUUCUUGGAACUCUGCUUCCUGGACAACUGUCACCAAGCUCAGUCUUCACACAAAACCCAAGAUGCCUCCAUGUGACUUUACACCCGAAAGAUACCAGUCCCUUGCCUACAACCAUGUUCUGGAAAUCAACAAACAGCAUCUUUCUCCUACACUGCUGGCAUACUUUACAAAGCCUUUGCUGUUACACCAAGGUCACAUGGAGUGGCUCUUUGAUUAUGAGGGCAACAGAUACCUGGAUUUCUUCUCUGGGAUUGUCACUGUCAGUGUUGGCCAUUGUCAUCCGUGAGUAUACUAAAAAUAUCAGGAAU